AUGCUGUGCAUUGACCUAUCGGAGCUAGGUCUCGCGCCAUUGCCCGUGCUCAUAGGAAUACUCUUCUUUGGUCAGUCGUGUAAGUCUCUAUUUUCAUUAAAUUUUAACUAGAAAAAUAAUUUUUGCAGUCCUUGUGUACGUGAUUGCCGUUAUCAAACAAGAUGUCGACCCAGUGCUCCCCUAUCUCUCCUCCGCCGCCGAUCACCGCCCUCAAUCGUGUAUCUUCUCGAUUGGAACCAACAUCAGCAGUGUUCUUCUGGCAUUUCUAGUCUAUGUUCGGUAAGAGCAUGCACCUUUUAUUUAAUUUCAUGGUAAUCCCAUUAAGAUACAACCAAAUCAAAGGAAUACUCGAACAAGCCGGACAUGAUGGAAUUGUUAUGACCGUUAACUACCGCUCGAAAUGGUUCGGAUACGCGUCCGCGUUCGGAAUGUUCAUUGUGGCUAAUGUUCAGGUCAGCCAGCGGAAACAUAUCCGCACAUAUCUAAGAAACUUGUGAAAUUUCAGGAAACCGCAAUUAUUCCAGUGCACAUGACCGCAGCUGUGGUGGCUUUCGGUGGAUUUAACGUGUUCAUGAUCCUCCAGUGCUACGUCACCCACAGGCUCACUCCGGACAUCACUCUCCAUCAAGUAUUGUACUACCGCCUCGUUUGCACGGGAAUUGGAUGCGCCUCCUUCUUGAUUGGUUAGUUUUGUCUGGUCGACCUCAAUCCGUUACUGUUCGGACUGUUUGGGCCUAGUCCUUCAGCUUCAUUCGUGAUUAGAAAAUGAUCAGUUUUGACAAGUGUUCCUGAAUCGGCAAAAGUGCUCCGUGAUCAACAAAAUUAUUGAAAAUCGGUCAAAUUCCACAGACAUGACCGAGUUGCAAGCUGUCGCUUGUUUUCCGAACUUCUGUCCACAGUUUCUGUCCGUUUUCCGACCCGAUUUCUUGCACGGACAUUACAAAACGAUUGAGCCAAUUAUCUGACUGACUGCCAGACGGGCCGGGACGAGGGAAACUAUCAUUUUUUUUGGUCGGAAUGUAUUGUUUGUCUCUAGUGCCUAGAAUGUGACACCAAUGCACGUCCCUAUUAUUCUUCCAGCUUUUCAUUAAAUAUUCAGCGAUCAUAUAUGGAAUUCUCGCCUCGCACACCUACCACCAGACCUAUCCGGACCUCCCGACGCCGCGCCCAUGGAACCGUCACUUUUAUCAGCCGGUCAGUUCGGAUUCCGGAAAACAAAUUUCAAUAACAUUUUCAUCUUUUAGGGUUACGGCUACCACCAGGUCUCGGCAGCUGCGGAGUGGAUUUGCGCCAUUUCCCAAAUCUUCUUCAUGCAAUCGUUCGGGCCGGAAUUCGAAGAAAUUUUCAUGGAAUACGGCCUGAGAUCGGAGUACAUCUACCGAAAUACGUACGAGUACGACUGGUUUUUCAGCAAUAACCGCCGCUAA